AAUGCUGAAUAAUGCUAACUACGGCAAACAUUUUCAAGCCAAAUGCGAAAUAGGUAUUACAUCAUAGCAAAUUUUAAUAAUGAUUCUUAUUUUUCCUUCUCAGGCAGUAAAAUGGAAGCACUAGCCGAUAUCUUGCAGCCCUUCAAAGCGCUGAUUGGCUCUAUAACAUCGUUCGUGACUAUUGCACAAAUGUUCUCUGGCUCAUUUUUGUGUUGGGAUAUCUACAAACAAGGAAGUACUAGAGGCGUUGGUAUCAUGCCAUUCCUUGGUGGCUUAGUCAUGUGCAUACUCAAUUUAAAAUUUGGGUAUAUUCUGCGAGAUAACAAUAUUAUCCAAGUCAACUUCGCUGGUCUUGCACUAAACAUAGUUUACCUAUUAAUAUUCUUCAACUAUACAUCUCAUAAAGUUAAAACCUGGGCACAAAUAGGUCUAGCGGGUGCUGUUUCCGCAGCCUUGAUAGCUUAUGCUAAUGCGGAAGAUCCGAAAUUAGUGGAGACUAGAUUUGGAACGAUUAUAACAGCAUUUAUGUUCUAUCUGAUCGCGUCGCCAUUAUUUGAUUUGAGAGAAAUUAUAAAGAACAAAAGCACAGAAGGCAUGCCUUUUCCAAUAAUUGUUUCGGGGACUGUAGUAACCUUUAUGUGGCUACUUUACGGAAUAGUAUUGAGAAAUACAUUUAUUGUUUUGCAAAACGUGGUUGGCUUCGUGCUUUGUGCAGUUCAGAUAUCACUGUUCAUUAUUUAUCCUUCAAAGCCGAAACCUAGUGAGAAAACCAAAACCAAAGCUAAGAAAAUAGACUAACACGAAUAUAUUAUAUUUUUAUCGAAAGUCUUCUCAAUAUGCUUGUUUCUGUGCCUACAACCUUACCCGUGCGAAACCCAGACUUUAGUUUUUAAAAUCAAUUCCUAUAUUUGUUGUUAAAGUAAUAAAGUGAAUAUGAUGUGAUUUUAGAAUAAGGGUUAUUGUUGGAUUGAUCUAUGUAAGAUGCAUUUAAAAAUACUGUUAUGGUUACAUUAUGAUUGCUAGAUUGUGUUUAUAAUAAUGUUUAUAUAUUAUUUAUAUUAUAAAAACAAUCCGGCAUCAAGUAGGAUAAAAUAUUUUUAUAUAAUACGAAAUUUAAUUCCGUAUAUUUAUAAAGACAUUGUAGCAAACACAUAAAAUGUGAUAGGUGACAAUUGAUCUACUUACAUAGAACUUUUUCAUUCCAUGUGUACUUCAUAACUUUUGUUAUUUAAUGGCAAUGAUAUAUUAGUAAUUUUUAAUGGAAGUAUUUUUAAUCGAUCAAAAAAGCUUUGUGAUUUUUUUCUAUUUUUGUAUAUUUAGUUCAAAUAUAAAUAAAAAAAAAAUAGAUAUAUUGAAUCAAUUAUUCUUUGCAUGUAUACCACAAUGAAGUCCAAAUGUAGUCAGAACAAAACUGUUUAAAUUGAAAGCGACAACCAACGCAAUAAUUGUUAAGUAUAAAUGAUUGAAUGUUAUUUAGUUUGAUAAUUAGAAAGAUAUUUAUAUUUAAUUGGAUUUCUGUCCGAAACUUUCAAAAUGCCUGGCGACCCUUUCAUAAUUGCCAUUAUCGAGAAUAACAUUAUUUUAGAUUUACCUAUAGUAACUUAUUAACGUAACAGCUCAAUCUUGUUUAAUGGACUUAAGAAUUUUAU